CACACUCUCUGAGCAUGUUCUAUUGUAGGAGCGUUUCGGGAAGGUUUCCGCGGCUGUGUCGGUGCAAACUGCUACGUUUUGUUGAAGUUGCACCGAACGAAGCGGUCCAUUGCUGCUUCGUUUUUAAACCCGAACCGAAAAGAUUGACGUCGCCGGCGGCGAAGUAGUCGGAGGUUACCGGGACGGAGCGCGGAGGUCUCAGCGAAGGAAUCCAGCCGCCUCCUCCUCCUCCCUCGGCGGCCGCUCGGCCACCUUCUCCCCGGCCAACACCGCACAUAACCAGCGGUAGCGUUGUGUUUCCGACCACCGGGAUGUUUUUAAUCCGCGGACGUCCCGUUUUUAGUUGGUUGUAAACAGAAAGCGGAGGGCUGUUAGCUCCAGGAGCAGCAGGUUAGCCGAGUUAGCUGUCCGGCUGCUAACGUUGCCGGCCGGGUCGAAGAAAAGCAGGGCGACGCGUGAGGUGGAGGCUCCGUGUUUUAUUUAAAUAAAUAAAAAGUUCCCGUUUGAGAUCCGCUGCUGCUCGGACCGAUCCAGCGCCCCGGCCGUGCAGGAUGAAUGGGUUCAGCACCGAGGAGGACAGCCACGACGGGCCGCCGGCUCCACCGUUCUACGGGCAGAGCUGCUGCCUGAUCGAGGACGGGGAGCGCUGCGGCCGCUCGGCCGGAAACGCCUCCUUCAGUAAGAGGAUCCAGAAGAGCAUCUCCCAGAAGAAACUCAAGCUGGACAUCGACAAGAGCGUGAGGCAUCUCUACAUCUGUGACUUCCACAAGAACUUCAUCCAGAGCGUCCGGAACAAGAGGAAGAGGAAGACCAGCGACGAUGGAGGAGAAUCUCCAGAUCAUGAUGUGGAGGUGCCUGAGGUGGAUCUGUUCCAGCUGCAGGUGAACACUCUGAGACGCUACAAGAGACACUACAAGCUGCAGACCCGACCCGGACUCAACAAGGCCCAGCUGGCAGAGACGGUGAGUCGUCACUUCCGGAACAUCCCGGUGAACGAGAAGGAGACGCUCACCUACUUCAUCUACAUGGUGAAGAGCAGCAAGAGCCGCCUGGACCAGAAGGGAGACGGAGCCAAGCCGCUGGACUAAAAGUUCCCCCUCAGAACCACAGCAGAACUCAUCUGACCCACCCCACCCCCCGUCGGACCAGAACCCUCUGUCCUCYGAGGACAUUAAACAGAACCCGAGGCGGGAUGAGCAGUUCCUCCAGAACCAGGUCCAGAAACACUGUCCAGGACCAGAACUCUGUGUUGUACCGGUCCACAGAAACCCACUUCCUGUUCUGAAACGACUCCAUUAAAUGCAACGUAGAAAACAGCUGCCUUAAGAGUGACAACAACAUGUUUGUUUGUUUUUAUUUUGGUAAACAGACUGUUAACGGAUCCAGGAGGAGGGAGGUUUGUGCCAAAUUAGAGUUUUUAUAAACAGAUUGUUGAAGAAGAAGAAGAAGAAGAAGAAGCUCCUCCAUCUUUACUCGGAGCUGUCUGAGCUGCAGAUCCUCAUGAGUUCUGUUGAAUUAAAGCUGAAAGUGGCUCAGCUGUAAACUCCUUCCUGCUGGUUCCUUCACAUAAACACUCAUGUCUGUCAUUUCACUUCCUCUCUUUCUUUUCUUUCUCCAUCGUGUGUAAAGUCAUCUGUCUGGAUAUUUAUCSUUUAUUUUUUAUUUUAUGAAUUCUGAGUUGUGUGAGGAAUUGGCUGGAUUUGAACAUUUUAAAGCACUGGUUCUGAGUCUCAACCAAACAUUUUUUUUUUAUCUUCAGCAGAAGCAUUUAUCACAUGAAAAUAUUACUUAUAAAUGCAAACAUUUAUUUAAAAAAAAGCAUUUUUUGUAUAAAAACGAGUUCAGAGGACUCAAAAAUUGAACUGAACUCAACAGAUUGGCCUGAGGUUUGAAGCAGAGGAAAUCUUAUUUUUCUAAAUCCUUUGUGCUGUGGAUCUACUGAUGAUCUGAGCAGGGCUGAAGUCUCACCUUCGUCUUCAGAAGCUCCUCCUCUUCCUCCUGCUGUGUUUCUGUUUUAGUGUCGUGUAGAAAACACCGUCCUCAUUAACACGUCUCAUUAUCCUAACUGUUGUUAGAAAAAAACAAAUCAUAUUUAAGUCCGGCUGCGACCUGCUCUUAUUAAUAUUAAUAAAUGUAUUGUACAGGAAGAA